CAGCGCAGAGUGCCGUAGAGCCACGAUCAGGGCCAUAGACAUAGAAGAGGCCAUAAGCACGCAACGUCGAAUUACAAGUUGUGUUUAUUGGUUAGGUUUGGGUAUCCCACACCAGUUCAAAAGAUCUAAUAUUCACCUUGUAAUAAAUAACCCUGCGUAAAAUGGACAUUAUCAUCGACACUACAGGCCAAACCGAUCUUUUAGUUAAAGACAGGCUUGUUGAAAGCGAUGAUGACGAUCCUGACACUGGAGAGAUUGAUUUCGAUCUUUCACAAAUAGCAACAUUCAAGGAUAAAAAUGAGUCUGUAAAGUCAAAACGAAUAUCGAAGAAUGACGUUGAUCUUGAUGAUUUUGAGCUUGAAAUGGGAUGGAAACAUAUUAAUAAAAAGCUACCACAGAACUCUAGCAAUGUGGUAGAAAUAACCAAGGAGUUGACACCACUCGACAAAAUAUUGGCAAAGUCAGUUGUUAAACCAGGCUUUGAACAGCUAGAAUCUGUUCCAGCAUAUAACGAAAGUGAAAAGCGAUUGCGAAAGCUGAGGUCUAGAGAAAGAGAAAAGACCAAGGGCAAGAAGUGGUUCAAUCUACCUGCUCCAGAGAUAACCGACGAAAUCAGACAUGACCUGGAAGUUAUUCAGAUGCGAUCAGUCCUAGAUCCAAAACACUUUUAUAAAAAGAAUGAUCUCAAAGUCCUACCAAAAUACUUUCACAUUGGUAAAGUUAUGGAUUCACCCCUAGAUUAUUAUAACAACCGUCUCACAAAUAAAGAAAGAAAGCGUACUAUUGUUGAUGAGCUUAUGGCUGAUGCUGAAUUCUCCAAGUUUAAUAAACGUAAAUACAAAGAAAUCAUUGAUGAAAAACGAAAGACACACUUCAAAUCCCAUAGACAUGCAAGGAAGCUCAAGGGAAAGAAAAAGUGAAUCAGACCCAAUAUUGUUUUGUUUAUUGAUAUCAAAAAAUAUAUUGUGGUUUGUAGUAAA